GCCGGCCGACGCGGCCGGCUCCGGAGCCCUUUGUGAGGGCGGUGGGCUGCGCGGGUCUGCGGCGCCAUGAGCGGCUCGGGCGGGGCGGCCUCGGCCUCCGUCGGCUCCGCGCCGCCCGCGGAGGAGGAGGGCAUGACGUGGUGGUACCGCUGGCUGUGUCGUCUGUCGGGGGUGCUGGGGGCCGUGUCCUGCGCCAUCUCCGGCCUCUUCAGCUGCGUCACCAUCCACCCUCUGAACAUCGCGGCCGGCGUGUGGAUGAUCACCAACGCCUUCGUCCUGCUGCUCUGCGAGGCGCCCUUCUGCUGCUCGUUCGUCGAGUUCGCCAACACGGUGGCCGCGAAGGUGGACCGGCUGCGCUCCUGGCAGAAGGCCGUCUUCUACUGCGGGAUGGCCAUCGUCCCCAUCAUCAUCAGCCUGACCCUGACCACGCUGCUGGGCAACGCCAUCGCCUUCGCCACCGGCGUGCUGUACGGGCUCUCCGCCCUGGGCAAAAAGGGCGACGCCAUCUCCUAUGCCCGGAUCCAGCAGCAGAAGCAGCAGGUGGACGAGGAGAAGCUGGCAGAGACCCUGGAGGGGGAGCUGUGACGCGUGAGGCGGCUCUGGGCCCGCCCCGGGGUUCUGUGUGAGCGCGCUUGGGGCUGGGCCUGCGGCAGGACCUGAGGGCGGCCUGGAAGAGGACCUUUUGCCUGGAGCCACCAGCUUCUCUGCCCGCCCCCAGCCUGGACCCCUCCCGCCGGCCUGUCUCUGUCUCGGCCCCGAGCUGGCCCCGAGGCGCCGGGGCGAGGGCACCGAGGGCCUUGGCCAGCAGUGAGGAGAUGGGCAGCGUGAGCCACAGGCGACCUGGGCCGCAGGACUCGAGGCAGAGCGCGGCGGGCAGCAGCUCUGCACCGGCAGCCUCCUGGACCCUGGCCGCCCGGCGUGGCUGGGGACAGACCUCCGGCGCGCCCCCAGACUUCCGCAGUGGGCGGGGUUCGGGGCCCUGCCGAAAGCCCGGGAGGGGCUUCCCCGGCGACUCGGGGCCUCAGCCAGAGCGCACCUCCUCCAGGCCAAGCCACCUCGGCCCUCCUCGGGCCCCUGCCGUCAGGGCAGCAGGGUCCUGAGGACUGUGUGCCGUGUGCUGUGCUCUGUGGGCGCCCCCGGCGCUCCCACGAGGCUCCUGCAGCCCCUGGACCAGCAUCCCUGGCAGCGGCCGGAGCACCGGGUGGGGGCGUCCUCUCCCGCUUUGGGACACUGGUGAGGGCCAGCCCCUGCACCCCACACCCCCGCCCCGGCGCUAAGGCAGCGCCCCAGCCCUGUUAGGAGCAGGGAGCUUGACCCACCGCGGGUGCUCCUGCUGGCUGCAGGCCCGCCCCAGCCUCCGGACAGCGGGGCAGACUGCUGUCCGCACCGCCCCAGGCGCCACGCUGGUGGUGGGGGG